AUGGCUUCUUUCUGGUUUGACAAUUGGACGGAGCAUGGCCCUGUUAUUGACUUUGUGGGACAAGCAGGACCGCGCCUGUUUAGAGUCAGUUUGGACGCGAAGGUAAAGGAUGCAGUCUUAAAUGGUGCGUGGAAUUUGCCGAGUGCAAGGUCAGAGAGAAGCGAAGAACUUCAGAUCACUCUGACAACAAUAGUGCCGCCAGAUCCGGAGAGAGGGGAUGAUGUUUUCCUUUGGCGCUUGCCGAGCGACAGUUACUCUACCACUUUCUCCUCCAAGGGAACGUGGGAGCAGCUCAGAAUUCAGUCACAGCGUGUAAACUGGGCACCUUUGGUUUGGUUCAAGGAGGCAGUUCCACGCUGCUCAUUCAUUCUCUGCUAUUUGCCCGUUAUGUUCCGUGGCACAGGAAACUCACGACCACCUCUUCUUCUCGUGCGACUACUCCAAAGAGGUGUGGCUCUCUCUGGCAUCAAGAGUAGAUGGCCCAAAUUUACCCCUCUCCCUUCCGGAAGUUACAGAGAGCAUCUGCUUCAGCCUUCAAACCCGGGUUCAAGACCUAAGAGGGUCAUCAUGAAGCUCCUUCUACAACAGACUGCUUAUGCAAUUUGGCGUGAAAGGAACGCAAGGAUUUUUACGCCGAUUUCCACUCCGGCGGCAGCUCUGAAGAAUGCGGUGGACCGAUCAAUCCGUGAUCGACUCUUAUCCUACCCGGCAACGGAUAGCAAUCCUUCUCUCCUCGAAAUUUAUUUCAGUUGUAUUUCAUAUCCAAACAAGAAAAACCUUCGGCUAUCGGAGCCGCCACUGUGGCAGCCAAGGAACAUUGUAGCUGCUCCUACAAAUCAGCCAAGGAAAAUUGAUGAUGUAGAUCAACAUGGUGUCGCGGAUUUGACGUUAGAAUCUUCUAAAGAUCGCUUGCGGAGAAGAGGUCUCGCUUUGAAACCCGUUGUUGAGCGCAUGCCAGACACUGUAGACAAUAGCUUGCGCUACCAGACGCCUAAAAAGUCUGGGAGGCUUCUGAGUAAGAGAGUUGAUGGAGGGUUUACGACUGCAACUUCUACUUCAUCAUUUGGUGGUGGUUGUGGCGGCAGCGGAGAUAGUGGUUGUGGUGGAGGAGGUGGAGGCAGUGGUGGUGGUGGCGGUGGUGAUAGUGGUGGAGGAGGUGGUGGUGGUGGUUGUGGGAGCUGUUACAAAUAUAGUGGUUUUCUUAGUUAUAUACUUAUAUUCUGCACCAAAAUAAGACCGUCCUCAACUCCGUCGCAAGUUGUUGAAACAGGCAAGAAAAGUCCACCGUCUCCUCCGCCGGAAGUGGCCAAAACGGAUAAGAAAAAGCUUCCACAGCCUCCGUCGCAAAUGCUCAAAACGGAGAAGAAAAAGCCGCCUCCUCCACGACCAGCAGUCAAAAAGAAUACAGACCGUCGAAGAUGCUAUGCUAAUGACGUCGGCGGUGUCGGUGGUGGAUGUGGCGGCGGCUGUUAA